CCUAUGCCUAGCUCUGUGCAGAGAGGUCCGUGUGCAGGAAGGUACUCCCCUGGCCCGCCUUCACAACCUUCACCUUCACGACAGCGAGCAGGAGGGCAGCCAUCGAACGAAGGUGAAGAGGUAGGCUGACAUCAGGAUGGGCGACGAGAAGAAGAGCGUCGCCAUCGUGGGCGCGGGCAUCUUUGGCCUGUCCUUGGCCGUGGCGCUGUGCGAGAGAGGGCACACUGUUACGGUCUUUGAUCGGAACCAGUACGACGACAACGGGUACUCGCCCGACGAGGACGGCGUCCAGGCUGCCUCAGUGGACCACAACAAGAUUCUCCGAGCAUCGUACGGCAGCAAGCUACACUACCAGCGCCUCGCCAUGGAGAGCCGGCAGGCGUGGCUAGACACGGACAAGGCGAGCGAGGACGGGCGCCUCCUCUUUGAUCCCUGCGGCAUGCUCCGCGUCCAGCCAUCGUCGGAGCUAAGUGCCCUCGAGCGCGAGACACUGGCCAACAUGGAGCGCGACGGGCUGCGCGACACUCAAUUCGUCAAGAGCAAGCCCGACGACCGCAAACGAGCACAAGAGCAAGGAUGGGAGGCCAAGCUGCUCGAGUUUGCGAUUCCCGAUCGCGCUGAUGGAGCCACUUUCGAGGCUGUUCUGGACUCCCUGGCGGGCUUUGUCAAGUGCAGCAAGGCGUGCGCUCACUUCCACCAGCUCAGUCAGUCCAAGGGAGUCCAGUUCGUCUUUGGCCCGGAAGAGGGUGCCUUUGACAGCCUCGUGCUCGACGACAGAAAAAGAGCGAAGGGACUCAGAACGAAAGAUGGCCAGGUGCACCCAGCAGAUGUCGUCGUCGUGGCUGCUGGGUCAUAUUCGACCCAAGUCCUGCCCGAGCUGGGCUACCACCUCGAGUCGUCCGCGGGCAGCCUGGCGACGUUCAAGAUUGACAAGAAGGACAAGACAAUGUGGAAAAAAUACUCACCAGAGAGGUUUCCUGUCAUUACAUGGAAGAGCACCCCGCGUGAUCCUGCUGGAAAGGACACGGGAAGCGUCUAUGUGCUACCGAGGACGGACGAGGGGCUGGUCAAGAUUGGCUACCGUGGCAUCAAGUUCACCAACUUCCAACCGACACCAAGGGAGGCGCCAUUCAGCCAGGACGGCAAGUGGUCAGUGCCCCUGCCACCCGCAGAGAGCGUCUGCCUGCCCCAGUCGGCCGACGAGGCCAUUCGCCAAUUCGUCGAUGUCUUCUUGCCAGACUUCAAGGGCUUGCCAUACCAUUCAACCAGGCUCUGCUGGUACACCGACUCGCUAGACAAUUCCUUUGUGGUCGACUACGUGCCCACGUUUGCCGACCGUUCGGUGUUUGUAUGCACAGGAGGCAGCGGCCACGGCGCCAAGUUCCUCCCCGUCCUCGGCCAGCACGCUGCUGACAUUCUCGAGAACGGCGACGCAAGCAGCUCCUUCAUGCGGCCCCACUGGCGCUGGCGGCCCGAUGCAAAGCGCUCAAACGGGCUCGAAGAAGGUCCGGACGGGCCUCGUGAGAUCUCAAAACAUGAUAGAAUGUGCAAAUGAAUCUGAAUCAAUGCUAAGUAGGGAGGCAG